AUGGAUCCUGCCGUACAUACCCAACCAUAUGAAUGUGAACUAGAAACUGUGCAUCAAGAUAAAUUCCUGAUCGAAAAGUAUGAAACUCAAUUAUUUCAAUCGUUGAACAAGUUUAUUAGUUUUAUAGACAAUGCUGAUCAAUUAGCUAGUACUAAGGAACAAAAUACUAAAUUUUGUAAAUCCUCUUCCAACUUUCUCCGUUUAAAGCUAUUAACAGUUUUACGACAAUGGUGUGGUUGCCCUCAGAAUAAUUAUACGCUAAGUAAUAGAGAUAUUUUGAUUCAAUGGUGGGUGACAUUAUUGAACUUUUUAAGUUCUGAUACUUCACUUCAAAUGGAUGCUGCCUUUCAGUCGAGCCUAAGUAUAGAGCUCACUUCUGUGUGCCUCGAAUGCGUCAGUAGAAUUAUGACCAUACUAAUAAUACUGCCAAUCCAUCCAUGGAGAGACAUGGAAAUUUAUUCGCAUCAUCUUUUAUUAACCAUUCAUUGCAUAACAAAUAAACUGGUUUUAAUUUCGAAGAACACUAAACAACUAAACCGUACUGAGACUGAUGAUAAGUCCUCUAUAAACGACAAAAAGCUUCAAUAUCUUAACAAAUACUCUUCUUUACUACGAUCAUUCAUCGGAAAACUAAACGCAUAUGCAUUUUUUUAUUUGCCAGAAGAAUUACAUUUUGAUACGAUUCUGCUGUUGACCGUUUCUCCCCAAAUUUCUUCAAGUAUUCAAACAUGUCUGUUUUCAUGGAAAAGAAGACACUAUAAAUUCACUGACGACCAGGAGCAAAUGAUCCGUCCUGAUGUAUUUGAAGACAAGGAUACCAAAUUUUUUAGGAUUAUUGUGUCCUAUAUUAAGAAUGACAUGAUACUUAUGUCAUUCUAUUGGCACUAUUGGUAUAUUAUACUACAGUUCAUGAAGCUCUCCGAUUUAAAUUUAGCGAUUGAAAAAUCGACGUUACCAUACAUACCUGGGUCAGAAAUUCUUUUGACACAUGUAACAAGCAGAUUUUUAAAUUCAGAUUUGAACAAAUACACGCGUGUCAUAAAGCAAACUCCGAAUCCGAGAAUUGCAAAUGAUAACGUAACAGAAUCUCACCCAAAUUUCAGGGCGCUGAAUGGUAAUAACGCUUUUAUCACCUCUGAAAGGAUUAAUGAUUACGUAUUUUCCAAUUUUAAAACAAUUAAGUUAUGGGAAUGCCUAAGAAGUCUUUCGGGUUGCAUUGUUAAAGAGGGCCAUCCAGAAUACCUGGAAAAUAUGUUAUCCUUACAUGAGUCCUCAUUGGUAGACUACGUCUCAACUAUUUCAGCGUACGACUAUGUUGCAGCAAACGUCAUUUACAAUAAGAUUUUUCAGUUUAUUAUUUUCCAAUUUGAAAGUCUACCCUUCUUGAAAUUCAUCCGAUGGAAGUCGUGGUAUAAUGGGCUCUCAAGUUUGUUGAAAACCAAAAAUGUUAACUCUCAAACCAUUUCUUUGUUAUGUUUUUUCAAUGUUUGGACACACGUGCCUCUUGAAGAGCGCGAUGAAAUAGUCAAGACACUGCUAAAUGAUUUUUGGACAUCCUUAACUUUUGAUAAUGAAUUUCCCUUGAUCAGAAUAUUAUUUAUGAAGCUGCUGGUUUUCAAAAUUAUUCCAAGUAGUCAGGAUUCUACUUUGUUACGAUCACUGCCAUACGGCAGGAUCAAGGAAUUAUAUGAGGAACUAUUAGUAAACAAAGAAAUCCUGGUUGAAAUGCAGGAACACUGUUUAACUGAUAUGACGGUACACAGAAAAAAUGCCCUAGUUUUCAAUGGUAAUUCUCAUUUAAUGAUGAUUCCUAGAAAACCAAACAUAGAGGAUCAGUUAGUCUAUAAAAUAAACUAUGAUAAAAAAUCAAAAACAGAAAAGUUUCCAUCUGUUAGUUCAGUGGCGAAUACAAGGCCGAAUGUCAUUUUGAAAAACGGCAAAUACGUUUAUGACGUUUUGGAUGAAAUGGCAAGUAAAGCUGCCUUUUUACUUGCAGAAAAGAGAACUCGACUUAAUUCAAAAAAAAACCAUAAAACUGUGGAUGGCAGUGAAGAAGAUCAGGACGAUGAAGAUGCUGAAAUUAAUGGUACAUAUAAAAAAAAGUCGAAGGAAGGCAUUACUUCUUUGUCGGCGACGUUCAAUUCUUGGAUUUCAAAAUUCUCUACGACUUCUGAGGAAUCACAAAAGAAGAAGGAAUAUGAAAAUAUAUUAGACAGUGAUUUGGCGUAUGAGGAAGAUGUGGUCGAUAUCUCGAAGGACACACCGAAGAGGUUGUCCAGUAAUAUUGAAAAGCUUUUCAAGCAUGGUAAUAAUUCAGGAUCAAUAGUGUCAUCUAAUUCAAGUAUUAAACUCUACAAGAAGAGGGAGAAUAUAUUAGUGGGUCCGCCAGAGCUAAAAUACUCUAAUGAAAUUAAGGAGUCCAAUAGUAUAACGACAAUAUUCAAAUUGGUAUUCAUUCAAACAAAUAGAAAGGUGAUUGAAAAAAUAGAUUUGGCUAACAUGAAGUGGGGAACUAUACAUGGAGGCAGUAAAUACAUGAAGCCAUUGCCUGUCCCAAAAGAUUUGACCAUUUCCAAUGUUGGUAGCGAUGAAAAUGAGGCAAGAAAUUUUGUUGCAGUAGAUGACAAGGAUUUGAAUAUUGAUCUGCCAGUACCUGAUUUUAGCAUAUUUGGCAAGCGUAAGGAAGAUGAGUACGAAUUUCCAACAAUGGGUGAUCCACGUUUAGAAGACUUGGAGGAUAUUGGCGAGAAAGAGAUGAUUAUUUGGAAACGGAAUCAAGAGAUGAAAUUGAAGACGAGGAUGCAAAAAAUCUGUGUUGUCAUUGAAACGUUUAAUGCUACAGUGAGAGAAUAUUUCGAGUUUUCUAAUCGAUUAGAUCAUGACAGUAUAUUUAUAGAUUUCGAAGUUAGAAAGUCUAGUAGUAAUUCCAUCAAUAUCAAAGUCUAG